GCAUCGGGUUUGUCAUUUCACCGCUGCAGAAGCCCGUGUAAGGAGCAUCAGUUCAACUCGAAGAACGACUUAAACUUUUAAAAACAUCAACUAAAAUGGAAGACGACGUUGCGGCAUUAGUUGUUGAUAAUGGAUCUGGUAUGUGCAAGGCUGGUUUUGCCGGAGACGAUGCGCCAAGAGCUGUAUUCCCCUCCAUCGUCGGUCGUCCUCGCCAUCAAGGUGUGAUGGUUGGUAUGGGCCAGAAAGACUCGUAUGUUGGCGACGAGGCCCAGAGUAAAAGAGGUAUCCUUACCUUGAAAUACCCCAUCGAACACGGCAUCGUCACAAACUGGGACGAUAUGGAAAAGAUCUGGCAUCAUACCUUCUACAACGAACUUCGAGUUGCCCCAGAAGAACACCCUGUUUUACUCACAGAAGCUCCCCUUAACCCGAAAGCCAACAGGGAAAAAAUGACACAGAUCAUGUUUGAGACAUUCAACACCCCAGCUAUGUAUGUAGCUAUCCAGGCUGUGUUGUCCCUGUAUGCUUCUGGUCGUACCACAGGAAUCGUGUUCGACAGUGGUGAUGGUGUGUCCCACACCGUACCAAUCUACGAAGGUUAUGCUUUACCUCAUGCAAUCCUUCGUCUCGAUUUGGCUGGUCGUGAUCUUACCGAUUACCUGAUGAAGAUCUUGACCGAGAGAGGUUACUCUUUCACCACAACUGCCGAAAGGGAGAUUGUGAGAGACAUCAAAGAAAAGUUGGCCUACGUUGCUCUUGACUUUGAACAAGAAAUGGAAACAGCAGCAAGCAGCUCCAGCUUGGAAAAAGCCUACGAGUUACCUGACGGUCAAGUUAUCACUGUUGGUAACGAGCGAUUCCGAUGUCCUGAAUCUCUCUUCCAACCAUCCUUCCUCGGAAUGGAAUCUGCUGGUAUCCACGAGACCUGCUACAAUUCAAUCAUGAAGUGUGAUGUUGAUAUCAGAAAAGAUCUCUACGCUAACACUGUGUUGUCUGGUGGUUCUACCAUGUUCCCUGGUAUUGCCGACAGAAUGCAGAAAGAGAUCACUGCUCUCGCACCACCAACCAUGAAAAUUAAAGUUAUCGCUCCACCUGAAAGGAAAUACUCCGUCUGGAUUGGUGGCUCCAUCUUGGCCUCUCUCUCCACCUUCCAACAGAUGUGGAUCUCGAAACAAGAAUACGACGAGUCUGGACCAUCAAUUGUCCAUAGGAAAUGUUUCUAAAUAUCGGACUGUCUGCAGCAAAAACACUGACUUUUGUUCAAAUUUCUGCCACUUUUUUUUGGUUCUGCAUAUAUGCACUAUAAGUAGCAUUGAAUUGAACGUGAAUAGGAGAAAAAUAAAAACUUUUUUGUAGAGUGAAAA